CCUCAAAAAUGCACCUAUUUUAAGAAGAAAUUACUUCUAGCUAGAUCUAGAUUUUGAUUUUUUUUUCCAGUGUGGAAACUACCCUUAAGGUUAUUUACAAAAGUAACCUUCACAUGUUCGAUAUGUAAGAAUAACUACAAUAGAAAAACAAUAACAAAAGUUGCGUUAAGGAUAUUUACACCCGAGGCUUUUCUAAAGCUUUCAUUUCAAAUCUAACACAUUUUAGCGUCCAUGUUUCUUUCUUCAAAUCGGUUAUUUAUAGAAAAGAAGCGUUAAAGAACCAAUAACUCUGCUCGUGUAUUCACAGCCUUGAUGGUUUACAAUAAAUGGGAAUCCCUGGACCAAAAUCACAACGUUUAUUGCUAAUAAAAGGAAAUAUUUGCCAAUAAAAGCGCGGAGAUUUGCUAUUAAAAUAUGGUGAGGGGAAAAUGGUGGCCCCCUUUUUAAGCCGAGCGGUAUGCGGGGCUGAUUUAUUAUUUAUUGUUCUGUCCCACGGUCACGUGUUUUGGGGCGCCCUAUCCAAUUUUGGAUAGUGUUCAAGUUACUGGACGCAAGGAGCUUGUAGGUGGCGCACCAACGCGGCACCUUGCAAUGGAUUGAAUCCGUUCUCUAAACGUUAAAUGAUUGUAAAAGGGAGGUUUUGAAUCUCGUCUUCCAUUUUUUCCCCCCUUUAUUGCUUUGUAUAUCUUUUCGAUCUGGAACAAUGGGAACAGGCUACUAUGUAGACGCGCGCAUUCUUUCCGAUCAGGAAGAAAUAGCAUCGAUGAGGUACUCAUCCUCUGCAGGGAUGGAGCAGGCGUCGCACAACGAAUAUGGCGGACAGGAACCGAAAUCCUCUAUCUUCGGAGGCGGAGGAUCCUGGGGCACCAUCGGGGCGCACCCUCCAAACGCUUACCUACAUCACCAAUACAGCGGAGACGCAGAUGGCAUGUUUGCGCGCUCCUGGGCGUUGGAUCCUCUCUCUGCGUCGUUGUGUUUGACGGGAAUCCAGUCUGCAGCCGCGCAUUACGAGAUAAAGCCCGAACCGUUAAUCGGAGGCGCGGAAUGUACGACUCUAGAAUCACACCCACCGCUUUUAUCUGACAUUGAAAACGGAGCUUCCCUCACAGAGAUUCCCUGUGAAACAUCCCCCACAUCUGCAGCCAGCGACGACAAACAGACGGAUGAGAGGAAGGAGGAGGUGGAUGCAAACAACCCGUCGUCGAACUGGCUUCACGCAAAGCCCACCAGGAAAAAGCGCUGCCCCUACACCAAGCACCAAAUCCUCGAACUGGAGAAAGAGUUCCUCUUCAACAUGUACCUCCCUCGGGAGCGCAGGUACGAAGUGGCGAGACUCCUGAAUUUGACCGAGAGACAGGUGAAAAUCUGGUUCCAGAACCGCAGGAUGAAGAUGAAAAAAGAAAACAGAGACAGACGGAAAGACAGCUAAUGCGUCUUUGGAUUUAAAGCUGGAGGAGGGGGGAGAGGGGGGAGGAGAGGGAGGGUGUGUGUGUGUGGCGGGGGUGUCUUGUAAUUCUCGGUAAUUGUUGUAAAUUAGUGUUGUUAAAACAACACUCGGGUGUCCCUGUUUCUCGGUUUUCAUAUUUUCUGUGUUUGUGCCACGUUGUAAAUUUGGAUGUCUUGUAUUCUGCGCACACAUACUGUUGACUCUGUAGGCCGUUUAUUAUUUGCAUGAACCGAUACUUGACUACCUAGAUAUCCUUCAGCUACCUAUUUGCUUUGGUUAACUUAUUGUUUUGCGGCCUUGUGUGUCAAAAUGUUCGGAUGCAUUUGUCAAAACUAUGUGCACACUUGAAAUACCUCAUUCGUAGCCUACAUAUUUGAUUCAAAAUAAAGUGUAGUUGGUUGGAA